CCUGUCUUAUAUUUCUUUUGUGUGUUUAGUAUUCAAUAUCUGUAUAUACUUAAUACAUUCAGCUAAAUCAAUUUCUCUCCAUAGCCAUAAUAUCUUUUUAAUAAAGGCAUAUUGAUUGCACGAUGUUUUAGCAUAAAUUCUUCAACAACAUCCUUGUUCUGAAGAAGGAAAUCACAACAAAACAGAUAUGAUAUUAUAGAGAUCUGUUACUGCUGUAUUGAUAACGUUGGGACAGUCAGCUACCAAUUGAUAUUUAAGACAUCUGAAUUUAAAUAAGGGUUAACAAAAUGGCGUCAUAUGGAAGAGGGUCGUUUGAGGGAUUUGAUUCCUAUCAAGGAACAUCUGCUAGCAGAGAAAGUGGAACUGAUUUUGGAAGACUAUCACAAAAUAUUAGUGCCAACAUUCAGAAGAUCACUCAGAAUGUGGCACAAAUCCAGCGGUUAGUUGUCCAGAUUGGAACACCUCAGGAUUCAGAAGAAAACAGGCAAAGAGUGCACCAGACAACGCACUACACCAAUCAGCUGGCUAAAGAAACAAAUAACUUUUUGAAGCAGCUUGCCCAUCUACCCUUGCCUACUUCUGCAUCUGAGCAGCGACAAUGGAAAAUGCAAAAGGAGCGACUUACAGAUGAGUUUAGCACAGUUUUGACAAAUUUUCAAACGGCACAACGCACAGCUGCAGAGAAGGAACGUGCCAGUGUACAGCGAGCUCGAGCAUACUCUGGUCUUAAUCAGUCACCAUUUGAAGACACUGAACAAAAAGGUGACAGAAUGGGAGCACCAGGCUAUUCACAAACCCGAGAGGUCCUACAGAUGGAGCAGGAUGUUGACCUUGAACUUUUGCGUGAACGAGAAGAUGCUAUCAAGAAGUUAGAGCGAGACAUCAUGGAUGUCAACACCAUUUUUAAAGACCUGGGCAUGCUUGUACAUGAGCAAGGAGAAGUACUUGACAGCAUAGAGGCCAACAUAGACAAUGCUCAAAUGUCUGUUCAGGAAGGAACACAACAGCUUAGCAAAGCAAGGGAAUAUCAGUCCAAAGCAAGACGAAAGAAGUGCUGCCUGCUUAUCGUGUUGCUGGUCGUUUUGGGGGUUGUGGCUAUAAUUAUUGCCGUUUCCGUCACCAGCUCUAAGAAUUAGCAAGAAAAAAUCUCGCAGGAAGAUGUGCAUUCUUCUCCUGAUCUUCAUCAUUGCUGUUACAAUAUUAGCUUUAGUCAUUUGGGGAGCCACAAAAUAAUAUCUCACAUUGCUAAUGUAUUGGCUUAACUGAAGACAUCACCAUAAGUUUAAAACACAUUUUUUGUAAACCUGCAAACAGGAAAGUGAUGAUUAUUCUAUGGUAUAAACUGUGAUGCUGGUGUUUCAAAAUAACCCAACCGUAGAUUUAGCAUCGUGUACAGAUAUAGUAGUACUUGUUUCACAGUGGAUGUACAUAGUUGUGCAAACGUGUUUAUUUUCCCAGAAUAUGUACAAGCAGUAAAAUAUUAAUGUACAUGUAAACCAUCGACUGAGCAUUGUAGAUACUUGUAUACUCUUACAUUCUUAGGCUACUAUAAGUUGUAUGUAACCAUUCCUACUUGCGGAGAAGAAAGGCAAGUAAAAUAAUAUGUUUGUUGUGGCAUGGAUUUACAGUUUGUUUCUGAUUUUGCAAUCAUUAUUUUGUUCAAGUUGGUUAGAUGUGCAUGCAUUUGUUAGUAUGUGUGUUAGUGAGAGAGCAAGUGUGUGUGUUUGCACAUGCGCAUUUGUGGGUUGUGUAAGCAAGUAAGGACAUGAGUAUGAUGUGUAUGUGUGUGUGAAAGAGGAAGAACCAUUUUAAGGCUGCUUGUAAAUCUUGCUGAUCUGACAAAAUAUUGUGAAAAAUUAUCUUUAUUAUUCCUAAAGUAAAAGCUGGUUAAGGAAGUAGAUUUAAGAUUCAUGAAAUUCAUUUUAAUAGGCUGGUAUCAAUUGAUACAUUCAGAAGUCACAUUGUGGGUUACCCCAUCUGCCUCUUGAUAAUUUGCAGUCAUCAUUUUAGUUGGUUGUUUUAAGAGUUCAUUUCAUGGUCAAAUAUCUUAGGCUUUGUUGUCUGUGAUUUUGAUUGUUUCAUCCCAAGCAACAACAACAAAAAAAAUACAUGCACUUUCAAGCAGAGGGUUACCACGUGCAUACCAUCAGAAUAACAACCUUCUUGAACUUCUCAAGGUUUAUCAUAACUAUUCUUGGAUGUGGAUGUGAGGAAUAUGGAAGUAGAAACACUUGUGCAAACUUGAUUAAAUGAAAUGAAAAUUUGUACAAAUUGAAAUGUGUAUCUUGCAAUCAACAGAAUGUUACACGAUACAUUUUGGCAUUUUUAUUUUUAGUUUGGUGUAACUGACAGUAUCAACAUGAUUAAACUGUUUCCGAAACGUUUAACAAAGCUUGGUAAACUUGUGAGUGAAUUGUUAACAAUAAAUGACAAUUCGUAUCAGUAUGUACUUUAGGGCUGAGACAGGACCCUCCUUUCAUGGAAAGAUUUGCACGUGAUAGGAUUCUCGUUUUGUCAGUGUCUGUUUUAGUAUCCGCUAUCAUUUUAUGAUCAUAGUAUAUGAUCUUCAUGAUUAAUAAUCAUAAGGUGAAAAGAUGAUGUAAGAAUAAAUUUAGUUAAUGCUCAGUUUUAAAGAAUUAGGGAUAAACGAUUAUAUGGAUAAUUUUGCAGUUUUGUAGCAUUUUUUGUUAAUAUUUAGUUGUUUUCGACAUCUUUUAAAAUAUUUACUGAAAACUAUGGGAAAAAAGUUCCCUAGUUGGAAGGGGGGGGGGGGGGAACCUCUCAGUAACAUUUAAGAACAGAUUUUGGUUAUCUCCGAGUCAGUUUGCAUUACUUAUAAAGAGGUAAAUUAUUCAUGUUUAUGUUCAACCUCUCUAAAUUGGUGUGCUGGAUUCUAACUUAUGCAUUAAUUUUAUGUCCAUCAGAAAGCAGAUUGAAAAUGCAAUAUAUGUGUACUUGUGUCAUUACUUGAUAAAGUUAGCCUUUCAGUCUGACUCUGCCCAGUGUCUUACUGUGACUUUUUCUUUAUUCAGCCCCUUAAUGUUUUCUGUAAGUAAAAACAUGCAUAAAGUUGGAAUUCAUGA